CAUUAAAAUUAUUGCAAAAAAAAAAAAAAAAAUCCCAAGUGUUACUAAAACUAGCCAAAACACUGGAUACACUAUGAGCCAAAUUACCGAGCAAAAUUUGAAUGGUUCUUGUAUUCAAAUUGAAAUCUUGAAUGAAAAAAUUAUAAAACCAUCAUUACCAACUCCAAAUCACCUCAAUUCCUACAAGUUAUCCUUCUUUGAUCAAAUUGCUCCUAAUUUUGCCGUGCCCCUUCUUUAUUUCUACCCUCCAGUUCCAUCUGAAAAAUCCAACUUGCAAAGUGAUGAAGCAGUUCAUACACAACUACAAAACUCACUAUCUGAGAUUCUAACCAAGUUUUAUCCACUUGCUGGAAGGUUGUCAGAAGAUGGUACUUGCAUUAUAUGUCAAGAUCAAGGGGUUAUUUACUUAGAAGCAAAGGUGAAUUGCCAAUUGACUGAAUUCCUAGACAAAGCUUACAAAGAUACUGACCUUGUCAAACUCUUUGUGCCACCUAUAAGAAUCAGGCUAGCUGAAUUGCCUAAUAGACCAAUGUUGGCAAUUCAGGCCACCAUGUUCGAACAUGGUGGCCUAGCCCUAGCCGUGCAGAUUGUUCGUACGUUUGUCGAUGGAUUCUCUGGCUGCGCGUUAACCGAUGAAUGGGCUAAGGUUAGUCGUAUGGAGAAGGGGAAUGCUAGAAAUUUACAAUUUCGUUCUGAUUUAGCAGAAGUAUUUCCACCUAAGGAAAAUAUUUUUGAGAUGAUUAAAAAAGGUAGGCCUAAAGGAUAUGAGAUGAAAAUUGCUACAAGGAUAUUUAUGUUUGAUGAAGUUGCAAUAUCUAAGUUGAAGGAGAAUGUGAACAAGUCUUUGAGUUAUUCUUCAAGAGUUGAAGUUGUGACUGCACUUAUUUGGAGAAGCCUUAUGCGUGUGGUGAGGUUGAGGCAUGGUCAUAAUAGGCCAUCCAUGCUACAAUUUGCCAUCAAUUUACGAGGAAGAGGAGAUCCAAAAUUAGUAGGAGAAGAUCAGAACUUUUUCGGGAACUUCUCCAUUGACAUUCCAAUCAAAUGUGUGCCUUCUCACAGCUACCAAGAUUUGGAAUUACAUGAAAUUGUAACCUUGAUUAGGAACGCAAAGAACAAAAUCCUAUCAAGUAUUGCCAAUGCUUCAAGUGAAGAGAUUUUCUCAAUAGUGAUAGAGUCAUUGAAUCAAAUAAGAGAAGGAUAUAAUGAUGAUGAAAUGGACCUUUAUCCUACUUCAAGUUUGUGUAGAUUUCCUCUAAAUGAGUCAGAUUUUGGGUGGGCUGAACCAAUUUGGGUUAGCAGAGUAAAUGUGCCAUUUCAAUUGUUCUUCUUGAUGGAUUCAAAAAGUGGGAUUGAGGCUAGAGUUUGCUUGAAUGAAGAUGAUAUGAUUAAGCUUGAAAAUGAUGUUGAUAUUGUGGAGUUUAGUUCUGUGCUAAAGUAAUGAUAGAAUUUGAUGUCUUUGUUCAAUGUACCAAGUGAACUUGGAUUGAUGUUAAUUUGGUUUACUUUCAUGUGUGUCAAUCUUCAUGUUGCUUAAGCGUUUUUUUAAAUAUUGUAAGUGUAUUUUUAUUUCACGUCUUGUUAUUUAGUGGUCGUAUUGUGUUUCA